UGCGAACGUCAUAUAUCAACAAUAACAACUGCUGUUUGAUUUCUAGGUUAUGUUGUAUUUACUGUUGUGUAUGAAUAUAGUUUACAUAUGAAUUAUAUUACUAACAUACAGUAUUUAUAAGACAAAAAAACCAAAAUUACAACGUCACAGCAAUCAAUUAUAUUAUAUUGAUAUUGACAAACAAGAAGGACCCGAUUGUGACUGAGAAGUGCGAGCGUGUGCCAGCAUGCCAUACAUAGUGGUACGAGGAACGCUGGGCAUGGCCAACACUCGAGUUUACGGUCUGGGCGACCAUGAGAUCAGCGAGAUCAAGGGCCGGCUGCGGUUCGUGUCCAAGGACGAGACCAAGGAUGAAGUGACUCUCUACAACUCUGUAGUGUUUGUGCUGAACCAGCUGGAGUACCACUUCGGUUACAGAGUGAUCACAUGUACAUGUCAGGGUGAUAUGAGAUUAUAUGCAGAGCAUCCCCCUGAAUCAGAUGCUAAUUCUACAAUGCCCACCACUGCAGCCCAACCAGAGUCCGACUUUACUGAAGAUAGUAGACACUCCUCCUGGCCAUAUCCCAAAUGA